CCUUCCCGUGCACGUUCCUAUCUUACGUCCGUGAUGGCGGCUGUGCCUGAUAUGUCCCACCUCACCCCCGAGGAGAGGAGCACCAUCGAGGAGGUUAUGAUAAGGCAGAGGCAGGAGGAGGAGAAGGAGAAUGAGAUUAUGAGACGAAAGCAGGACGAGGUGAAGAUCCUCGAGGAGAAGAUACGGACCUGCUCGGAGUGGCACAAGAAGGCGGGAGUGGAGCUGCACGCCACGUGUCACAUAUGCAUGAAAACCAAGUUCGCCGCCGGCGCCGGCCACACCUGCAACUACUGCAGCAUCCGGUGCUGCGCACGCUGCGGCGGAAAGGUCAAUCUACGGUCGAACAAGGUAAUAUGGGUGUGCAUCCUCUGCCGCAAGAAGCAAGAGCUCGUGUCGAGGACCGGAGAAUGGAUGACGAAGGCGAGCCUCAGCACCGCGGACAACGCGAUGCUGCGACAGAUGCAGGACAUGCAGGUGGGUGUUCCUCCGGGACUCGUGGACCAAACUCAGGAUAAAAGACUGAAACUCGAGAGGGCGCACAGCGCCGCUGAGAAGGAGAAUCUGCCCUUGUUACAAAGGAGCGAGAGCCUGCUCAGAAGACAGUACUCGCAGCAAGAGCAAGUACCAGUCCGCCCAAAGUCCACAAGCGAUAGAGUGGACGUGUCCGUGUCCCCUCACGCGAGGACGUUGCCAACGCCUCACGGGCCGCCCACGCAUCAGACGCAGCAACCGCCCCGGCAUCCGGACGCGUACGCCGAGGAUGACCCGAACCUGUACAGGGGCGAGAUCGACGGUCUCAUGAAACAGCAGAAUUAUCAACGGCAACGACCGAUUUACCCGGACCAGAACACGGAUCUCGCGAUGACAUAUGGCCAAUCAACGGUGGAACCUGGCCCACCACUCUCCGCGGUCCAUCCUCCACAACAGCACUCGGUGCAUCAGAUGCAGAGCGCGCGUCCCCCACAAUCCGUGGGCGGCGUACAGGGCGGUCUUCAGCCACAAAGGAGCUUCAGCAGCAGCGAGGAGGAGCGAAGCACACCCGAGUGUGCCAGCGACGAGCCUGACGAGUCCGAGAAGGAGUUAUACGACGCGAGGCGCGAGAAACCUUCGGUUUUAGUGACCUCGCCCGGCUCGCCGGACCUGCACGGCCAGGGACGCGCCAGACACCUCAGACACCCGACAGGAAGCAUCGGCGGCAGCCUGCAGGUGAAGGUGGGCUACGACCACGUCGCGCUGCAGCUGAUCGUCACGCUGUUCUGCGCCUCCGGGCUUAUACCAAGGAGCAACGGGCAACCUAGGAAUCCGUAUGCGAAGAUCUUUUUGCUUCCGGAUAAGAGCGAGAAGUCGAAAAGACGCACGAAAACGCUGGCGAACACGAACGAUCCACGGUGGGACCAGACGUUCGUCUACAACGGGAUCAGGUCGACGGAGCUGAGGAAGCGCGCGUUGGAGAUCACGGUGUGGGACUACAGGAACUACGACCCUAACGAUUUCCUCGGCGAGGCUGUGCUGGAGCUGGGCUCGGCCCGGCUGAACGAAGAACCCGAAUGGCACCCGUUGAUGAACCACGGGGAACACUGGCACGUGCAUGGAUACUAUCAGGAGACCGAUGACAUGGUGAUACCGGACCGGCAUCGGAGCCCACCGUCGACGACGUCGCGGCUCAGCGACUCUGACACUUCCGACUGCGACGUCUCCAGGGAGCAAAGGAGAACAGCUGACGGUGCCAGUAUAAGCAGUAUCGGCAGUUCCUCCAGGUUUCAUAAUAUGCCGUCAAAUUAUAAGCGCCACUAUUCUAGCCCCCCGCCGGAAAGGGAGCUGUGCGUCGACGGGGAGCACCGGAGCCGAAGGGACAUGUCGCCGCAGGGGCGUAAACGGGCCGCCCUCAUGAUCCGCGAGCAACCCGCGUCUAUUUCUGGUUAUGCAGCCUAUCGCAAGGACGAUAUUCACCGAGGAAUGAUGGGGCACAGGUCGCAGAGCGCGGCGCCGAUGGACCCGUCGAGCAUCCGGUACCGUGGCAGGUCUCAGAGUCCCACCGGUCAUCGCUCCCUGUCUCCGCCGGAACACAGAUCCAUGCCCUAUUCGCACGGCUACGUAUCGACCAGGUUCGCCUCGAGGUCGGCGACAGCCACUCCUACCGGCUCGCCGAAGAAACGACAGCUGCCGAUGAUACCGGCACCGCAGAAGGACAGGAUGGACCAGGACCUCGAAGAGAGGGCUAGAUUCAUGAGGCACCAUAGCAGACAGGUGCACACGGCGUAUAGCGCGGGCAUGGGAGGUUGGGAAAGACACUGUAGCGGUCAGUCGGACUCGGAUCUGCCCUCGGUGGGCCACGAUCCGUUGCCGCUGCAGCACGGCUAUCCCUACCGAAUGCACAGCACGCGUAGGGGACACUUGAGCCCCGAGAAAGACGUACUCGGUGAUCACGGUGACUCCGAUAUGGAGAGCGUAGCCUCCGUGACGAGUAGUGCCUUCAGUACGCAAUCGGAACGACCACGUGCCUCCAGGGGACUAAUCGAGUACACCGGCCAGUCCGGAUCGUACGAGAAGGCGUCCAGAGGACAGGGGGCCGAGAACGAGGCCGACGAGCACGGGAAACGGAGCCAGUUCGCCAGAAGCCUCAGCAACACCGACGCGCCACAGGACGAGAAAGUCGACGGUAGCUUGAGCGACACGGCGAUCGGUUUGAACGUCGAGGACUCCUCGAGGAGGGGUCGUAAGAGCUCGCCGGGCAGUAAGAGCGGAAGCGGAAGCAGCGGCGGCGGCGGCAGCACCACGCAGUAUCAGUCCGGUCUCGGGAAGAAGAGCAGCAGCACCAGCCAGCUGUCCGCCACAGGUGGUACAUGCGUGGGCGACGAAGGACGAAAACGGAGGCUAGGAUUCGGGAAGAAGGGCAAGUCCUCCUUUACAGUUCAUAGGAGCGAGGAGGUGUUGCCGGAGGACACUGCCAGCGGGAGGAGCGGACGUCAGCCGAGCUCCGCGAGCAGCGACGGCGAGGGUAGCGGCGACGGGGACAGUUGGUCUCCGAGUCUGCGAAUGGCAGGCGAAACCGGCCAGCUGAGAGACUUCAUCGAAGAUCUCGGCCCCGGGCAAGUGGUCGGACGACAGGCACUCGGUGCACGGUGUCUGGGCGCGAUUCAGCUCUCGCUCACGCAGAAGAAGGGCUACCUUGAAGUGGAGGUGAUACGUGCCAGAGAUCUGAAACCGAAACAGGGCAGCAAAGCGAUACCAGCACCCUACGUGAAAGUCUACCUGGUCAAUGGGAAGAAGUGCAUCGCGAAAGUGAAAACGUCAACGGCCAGGAAAACGUUGGACCCGUUCUACCAGCAGCCGUUGACCUUCAGGGAAAACUGUCAGGGUUGCAUACUGCAGGUGGCAGUGUGGGGAGAUUACGGCCGAUUAGAAGGGAAAAAAGUGUGCAUGGGUAUCGCGCAGAUCGUGUUGGACGAACUGAACCUGAAUGAGAUGGUGUUCGGGUGGUACAAGCUGUUCGGCAACAUAUCCCUGGUCAGUAGACCUCCAUCCCAAGCUUUGUCCCGUCGAUCCUCGGCCACGUCCCUAGACUCCUAUAAGACUUAAGCAAAACGUUCAAGUAUCUCUCUUUACGCGUAAACGAGUCCUACCAAAGAUUUCGCUUUUCCAAUAUAUCGAGAUAUAAAGAAAGAAAAAGAGACAUCCGACAGGAACGAUCGAUGUUCAGCCUUGAUUAUUAUGAGAUUCUCGUUCGUUUUCAGAUUAACAGAAUAUUAUCCCCUAUAUAUUUAUUAAUCUGCAUAAGGAAACAAACGAAUUCUUUCUAGCGUCAUCUUAAGAAACGUAACAGUAAGUUCUAAACGUUCGAGUUUUCCGCGAUCCGUGUCCGUUCCAGAAAUCCCCCAUCAAGUCUUUGUCGUUUACCGAUGAGAAAAGAAAAGAAAAGAAAGAAAUGACCAAAAAAAAAGAAAAAAUAACAAACAGAAAAAGAAAGAAAGAAAGAGAAUUGUCCCUUGCCAAUGAUUGUUCAGCAUUGUUUACCAUAAAAAAAAUCGGAUAGCAGUAUUACCCGGGGGUCGAUCGUUUAGCGGUGCGCGUCGGAAUCUGGCACGCGCGGUCGCGCUGUUGGACGAGACAAGAAAAGUGUGUUUUAUUUGCAAGGUGACCGCGAGAAUGGGAAAAGUGUGAAAGGUCGUACGAGAGGACAUGUCUUUCUAGAAAACACCACUAGCACAUCACAUAUCAUGUACGGCAUAUCAGAUGAGCCACUAGUCUGUAUGUAGACUAGAUGUAGAACAUAGCGGCCAUGUUCCCGAAUCGCCAGAUAGCUUUAGUGAAACCAAUACAGCGGCACUCGAUGCGAGAUCGAUGCGAACUCCAACGUGGUGUGCAGUGAGAAAGGCGUGACGUGCAGGUGUGGGACAACGCGUGUCCAUCCCCGGGCGUCACGGGACCCGGUGAACCCAGUGAAGUGGUGAAGUUGUUCCCGGAAGUUCAGUGAGAUUGGUCGCGAGCCAAACUCCAAGAACGAAUUAUUAUCACGAGAUUCACGACGAACAGGGACGUUCGAGCAAACGUAAUUUGUACAUAAAUCUAGGACACUCGAGCUGUGCCAGGCUACCAAGUGAACAAUUUUCAUCGGCGAUGAUACACGAGAAAAUAGAAGAGAAACGAACGAUAAACCUGCGAACUAUUUCGUCGAAGUUUUUAGCCAAGGAACAUGUCAUCGUCGAAGCGUAUAUUAUAUUAUUGUAAAUAUUAAAAACAAUUAUAUAUAUAAUUAUAUAUAUAUAAUUUAUAUGUAUAUACAUAUACGUAUGUGUAUAUAUAUAAACGUAAUUAUAUAUGCAUAUAAAUAUAUAUAUAUAUAUAUAUGUAUAUAUAUACACAUAUAUAUAUGAAUUCGCGAUACGUAUUGCGCGCAGGUGUUUAAAUGAACAAUUGCCUUGACCGUCGCGUUCUCGGUCGCCAUGUUGCCGCGCGUCUUCGAUUCACGCUUCGAAUCUUUAUCGAUUUUUACUAGCUGCGAUCGAUGGAAAAACAAAAUGAACCGGAAAGGGAGAAAUUUUGCCCGAGUCGAUACCGAUUUACCAGGUGAAUUCGAGCCACGCCACCGGAAGUCGCGCGGCAACGGCGCCAACCGUCGAACGUAUAUCGU